GACCGGUCCCCUUACCGGGCCAGAGGGAGCAGACUCAUCAAGACUUUGUGCCUCAGGAGGUCUCGGUGCAGCUCCUGGAAAUGACGGAACUUCUUCUUGGUUGUCCAGGUGAAGACCCAGAAGAAUUGAAAGCACUCGGGCGCACAGAGACCUGCUCGCGGUAGUCCUCAACCAGCCAAAUCGUGGGAACAACCCAACGUCCCUCAGCUGACGAAUGGGCAGACAAAACAUGGUGAUCCCUCCAAGAAUACCAGUGAGUCCCCAGCAGCAUCCAGGCUGGCAGCAAGCUGUCGGCGGAUUUUCACGGCUCCUGUCGGUGGUCCCAGCCCCUCUGUGUCUGUCUCUGCCACCUCCCCCCUCCCAGUGCCCUCCUGCUUCUCCCUGGAGAUCAGAGAGGGCUCCCAAAUUAAGGGGGCGCGACAGGAUAGGUGUCUGAAUGGGGUAUCCGUCCACCUCUUCCCUCCUCCCUCUCCUCCCCCUUCCAUCCCCUGGCGCCUAUAAUCACCAGGCGGUCUGAGGCUAAGUGGUAGUUUGGCCCACAGUGGGGGGGCUUGCCAGCCACACCCCUCCUCCUGGGGCCCUCCUGACCAGCCCCAGCACCCUGGUCUCCUCCACUGGUGAGAUGGGUCUCAAGGGGGCAUGGUGUUUCCCAUGGUGUGGGUGCCGGAGGCAGCGGAGGACUGGAAGAGCAGGCCUGGAUCCGGCUGCCCCUCCAGACCCAAACCCCAGCCCGGCUGAAGCCCCCACCGUGGCUGAGGGAGGGAUACCCUCCCUAGGGUCUGGCGCCUACUUCGGCAGGAAGGCCCGACUCUCCUUCCGCCACCAGCUGCACGACCCGGCGUCGGCCAAUGACUCCACCAUUUGAUGGGGACGACCGGGGGCUGAACUUUGCAACCUUCCCUCCCCAGGCUUCUGGGUGAUCCCUGUUUGGCUCCACAGCCCCCAUGACCUUGUCGUUAAAUAUACUCAGAGCUGCCA